GACAAAACCCAAGUCCCCUAAUCUUUCAUGACAUAUUUGUUAGGACCAGGGCCUGGGAGGAUUCCAGAAGAAAGAUCAACAACAGAGGAAAAUCAAGGGCACCUACCAAACCCAGGCAGAAAGCUCAAUGACAUGCCCCAGUGGUCAUCAACUAAUCUCUACCAGUCCAAGGUCCUUUUCCACCAUUGGCCAACUCUUUGACAUUGCAGCCCAUUUGGUCUUCUAGUAACUAGUCAUCUUAAUCACCACCCACCAUGGGCUCAGGAGUCAGGACACACCAUUCAAUAGCAAACCUACGUUGUUGGCAUGUGCCUUUCAUCUCAUUUAUUACUUCGGAAAUUUUCUUCUUCUUCCAGACCCCAUGAAAUAUUUUCAAAGUGUGUUUUGACUAUCAGGGCAAAACGAUAUUGGCCCAUUCUACAUGUGCCACGAGGCUUCCAUAUAAAAUUAAAGUGAUUUGAUUAGGACAAAAAGAAAGAUCAAUAAAAUAAUUUUCCAGCUUCUGACUCUUAGAUACAAAAAUAAUAUAACUGCCCCGUGAUUUCCACCUACCGUUCUCCAUCUACCAUGUGUCUCACACAUGCAACUACCCCGGUUUAUAUAUACAUUGAGAGAGACAGAGAGAGAGAGAGAGAGAGAGAGAGAAACAGAGAGAUGAUAAUGGAGAAUUGCAGGGAAGAAGUGGUGCUGUCAAAACCGUUGCUGCUGCCAUCAUUCAAGGAGGAACAACAAAGAAAGUGUGUGGGCAAUGCUUUCGGCAGCAGUUUGAAUGCAAGAGAGAGGAAGCUGGUCUGUGUGACCAGUGGGAAUUCCUAUUUGAGUUCUCACAUAGUCAGGGAGCUUUUGGCUGGUGGUUACCUGGUUCGAGUCACCAUUCAAAAAGAAGCAGUGGAUUUUGGGGUCAUGAACGAGCUGCUUCGGGAUGAAGAGAUGAAUCAGCUAGAGAGUGUUGUAGUAGCAAAGAUGGGAGAUUUAGACAGUCUCUGUGAUGCUUUCAGAGGUUGCCAUGCUGUUUUCCAUACCUCCUCCUUCAUUGAUAUACAUGGGGUCUCUGGUUAUUCGGAGUGGAUGGCGUUUCUUGAGACAGAAGCAGCAAGGAAUGUGAUCGAAGCUUGUUGCAGGGCAGCAUAUGUGAAAAGAUGUGUCUUUACUUCUUCUUUACUUGCUUCUAUCUGGACAGAUGAUGACAGAACUGGAAUCAUUGAUGAAAGUUGUUGGAGUGACGAGGAAUUCUGCAGAGACAGAAAGCUUUGGCUUGCUAUGGGCAAGACAGCAGCAGAGAAGGUUGCUUGGAGUAAGUCACAGGAAAUGAAAGUGAAGCUUGUUACAGUGUGCCCCGGGCUUCUCAUGGCCCCAUCAUUCCCAAAUGCUCAUACUGAAACCUCUGUACCAUAUCUUAAAGGUGGGCGGAUGAUGCUACAACGAGGUGUCUUGGCAACCAAUGAUAUAAGCAAGGUGGCAAAGGCCCACGUCCAUGUUUAUGAAGAAAUGGAUUAUGGAGCAUGUGGGCGAUACUUCUGCUUUGAAAGAGUGGUCAGACGAUUGGAUGAGGCCAUUCAACUUGAAAACAAUUUGAAGAUGCAUGGUCAGCUGUCUGGAGGAGGCAAUUUGCCAUCUUCAACACAAGAAACUGAUGGAGAAAUACAGAUCAGCCUUAGCAACUCAAAGCUUGCCAAAUUAAUGUUGCGUGCUUCUCAACGCUCAUCUUGUAAGCAAAGCAGCCUCAUUGCAGCAUGAUGUAAAGGAACGGCACGUCGAAAAAAAAAAGCCAAUCCAUAUCAGGAAUUAAACCUAAAAAAUCAACAAUGAGACUCAACCUUAUCAUCUUCAUAUUGUAAACUGUUGCCCUCUUUGAAAAUCAACCUCCAUGGUAGGCUUCCCAAGUGUGGCAAGAGCUCUGCAGAUACUGGUUCCCCAUCAAAGAGCAGUGGAACUUACAAGAGUGUAACCCGGCAAUAUAAUACCUUAUGUAUCCUACAUAUAUGAGAGAAAUGAACCUCUGUGACAGACCUUGAUUUUCUUAGGGGAAUCUCUUUUCAUUGUACAAAAGUUAUUCCCAAUGUUGGUAACAACUAUUGAAUUCAGAAGAGAAAAAUCCCAAGGUGAAUGUAAGGAUUCAUCUCCUUCUGAUAA